GGGCCGGGUGGGAGGAACGCCUCGGUAAACUCUGCUUAAGGGGUUCUCUGCUUGCUGUGGGUUAAAGAUUGGUUUUUAAAUUUCCCUUCGCUGGUUAAAGCUCCCUUCGGCGCUUAAAUUUCCCUUCGGGAAGACAAUCGGGCUGUGGCCGGAGCAGCCGAGCUCUGCCCGCCGGGGGCUGUGGGCAGGCGGGAGCGGCCGCUGCUCCCGGGGAACCGGCGGCAGGAGGAGAGGACACAGCCCAGUCGUGUAGUACCCGAAGAUGGAAUUUCUCAUUGAGCACACCUGGGAUGGUUUGCCUGUGAGCCACGAGCCGGUUUCAAUUGGGCUGAGGCCGGAUAAUGCAGGAUUGCUGAUGCAAAUUCGGGCUCCUUUCUUUAACGACCCUCCAGCACCUCCCGGAGAGCCAGGGAAACCUUUUGGUGGGCUCUGGGACUAUGAGGUUGUAGAAGCAUUCUUUCUGAGUGACAGAAGUGAGCAGUAUUUGGAAGUUGAGCUUUGUCCCCAUGGGCAGUACUUACUGCUGCUGCUUUCUGGCAGAAGAAAAGCAUGGAAAGAACAACUUCCUUUGGAGUUUGAGGUGACCAGAAUGGAAACCAGAUGGGAGGGUAAAGCUCUUCUCCCUUGGAGUUAUUUCCCACCAUGCACUGACAAGUUCAAUGCAUUUGCAAUUCAUGGCUCGGGAGAAGAGAGAAAAUAUGAAGCACUUUACCCUGUGCCUCCACACCAAGUGCAGGAAGGACAGGAACCAGAUUUUCAUCGUUUGGAAUUUUUCAAAGACUUGAACCUGAAAGAACUAACAGGAGAAGACUGGAAGCAGCCUGAAUCAGAUAUAUGGAAAUCUCUCACUAAAUGAAUGGAUUGAGGCAUAAAUUUUUGUAGUGUUGGAGUUGGCUGGAGCUGUGUGGAAACAACUCCCUCCUUCUGAGCAGAGGUUGUAGGUACCAGAUUAGCAAGGCUUUCCUUGGCACCAGAAUCAUGGAUCAGUCUGAAAAUCAGCUGCAAAGCUUGUGGAGUUGUUGAUUCUCAAUGUAUGAAUGGCUUGGACUUUUUAAUCUGUGCAAGAGAUGAAUCUGCUGCUGCCAGUGCAGGAAGAAAAAUGUGCUGAAAUUGCAGCUGUGCUUUUGUGAGAGCUCUGAAGUCUGACAAGGCCAAUACCUGGAUUGAAUUUUUUUGGUUUACUCUACUUGCUGUAUUUUAAUUUUGUUGACUGCUGAAGGAGAUCCUUAUGUGCCUAGAUUUUUUGCUUACAAUCAGGAGGAAGAAAAAAUGGAUUUUGGAGGCUCAGUACUUGGCCUGCCAGAGGGAUAACACUGCCCUUUCCCAUAUGUUCCUGUGCGGGAAGUUUUGCCUUGCUUAAUGCCAAAGGGGAAACUUAUUCUGUCCCACAGACCUCUCUGUGGAGUGCCUGAUGGUGUUUAGGGGCAGAGGAUAGAUUUACACAAGGUUUUAUGUGUUUCAGGUGAAGUUUUUGGGACAAAUCAUGCUCAGUAAAAUCUUUUGGUGUAGUUGUGUGCAUGCAAAAGCAGGUUUUUUUUCCUAAGGCUUGUCAUAUUACUUCAAGAAUUUAUCUCAGUUGUCUGAGAAUUUUUUUUUUGGCAUUCCCCUGAAGGCUGGAGAUACUCUGGGUGUACAUUUUCUGUGUAUGGGCAUGAGUCAUUUUAACAAUAUUGAAUAUGAGGUGGCAACAUCUAAUCUGUGAACCGUCACCAGAUUUACAAAUCAUAUGUUCCUUUUUUUUGGUCUAGCUUAGCAGCUGCUGCUUGAUUGUGCCUGCUGAUUUAAUAAACACAUUUUGAUGGUCCUAUUUUUCUCUGCUGCCUUUCAGCUUCACUCUAGCUGUAAGUUCUGCCGGAGAAGAAGGUGGGAACAUCUGCCCUUUGUGAACAUCUCAGUGUGGUUGAUAUCUGAGAUAAACUCUGAACUAACAUGCUUUGUUUAGCUCUAGAUUCUGUCUUUGUACAUUCAGUUUUAUAGAAUGUGCUUUCAAAUUAGAAGAUAUUAGAUUUUUGUGGGUUUUUUUUUUCCUGUGGCAGACUUUGGCAUGCCAGUGCACUCAGCCAUCCAAUUUGCUCUGUUUCAAUUAGACAGUAUAGGUUCCUUGCUGUAAAGUGCCAUCUGUUGAAAAUUGUAAGUAUUGUACAAUCAGUUGUUUGGCUUCUUUUCUACCUUCUAUCCAUGUACAGUUUUCUAAAGGAUGACAUCAGUCUGAAAUAAUGAAUAAUUCAAUAGAUAUUGAUUAAAGUAUCAUCUAGACAUUGAUGCCUCAAAGCUGCUUUAAAAAUUUUAGUCAAAACCAAAAUGCCAUUUGGCAAAACUUUUAGACUUUGUCAAAAAACUGUGUGCAAAGGUUCAAAAUGGGUGUACUGCUUUUCUCACAAAGGUUGUUUUCCUCUGAGGAAUGAUACUUUGUAUGUAAAAGAUAGUAAAUAAAAUUUUUAUUUCUCUUGUUUAUUCCUACUUCAAACUGCUUUGGAUUUGACUUUGUAUGUAAAUGAUGAACUUGGAGGGAAACUGAUUAUUUCCCCCAAAUAAGUAAUUUAAAGUAAAACCAUCUUCCUUGUAGUAUGAAAUGCAAGUGCUAGGUGCUCCAGAAAGUGGAAAUUAUGUUUGCAGUCCCAAAGACCUUGUUCUUUUUGCUUCUUGCCACUAGGUGGGAGAAGAAGGUUGUCUAAACUGUGCCUUGGUGCUGCCAGCCUAGUCACCCUCACAGAUCCAUUCCUUCUUGCUGUAUCCUUGCUUUAGAAAAAGGAUAUUUCAGUCAAACUGAUGGUGCUUUAUUGGAGACGUUUUUUGUUGCAAGAAACCCUUGUCAUCUGUGCAGUUACAGUUUUAAUGUUUGCUUUCCUGCAAGGUUAUUUUCAAAAAUAAUUUUUGAGACAAAACCAAUGGAAGAUAAAUUCCACGAGGUGUCAGUCAAUCUGUAGUACAAAAGUAGUUGUUUGGUGUUCAAAUGAUUUGUGUUAUUCAGGAUUUAAUUUUUAUUUGCAAAUGUCAUGAAUAGUCUCUGGCAAACUUUCCAAAAAGGCUGUUUUGAAUUCUGAAGGAUUUUAUUUCAUUUAAUAGAGGCUGUUUUGUGAGAGGUGGUGCACCCCUUCAAGGGUGAGGCUUCAGUGGUUCAAACAACCUGCAGUGAAACAACAUGAAAACUGUGGCUUAAGAGGGAUAGAAAAUUUGUUUUCUUCAAUACAAAAAUGUAAAACAAAAAGUAAAAAAUGUAAAAACAAAAUUAUGUAUAGAAAACUUGAAUGAUAACGUUACUGGUAGAAGUGAUUUGUACCUUUAACACAAAGCUGGAGCAACUUCAGCUUCUAAGAUUUCUUGUAGUGAUCCUGCACGUUGAGGUUUUUUUGGAUGCUAAAGCCCUUAACAGGAGUACAAUUUUGCUCAUGUCUUUGAGAACUUUAAAAUAUUUUUUUCUGGUAUGCUAGGUCAGAUAUUGGAGAUAGGAAGCUCUAAUUUCAUUCAGGACCAUAUAUUUUUUGAAUGCUGUAGUUAAUACAGCUCCUGCAUUAUCUGUUCCAGUUAUUAGAUACAUGAAUGAGUUGAUAUUGGUACUGGCCAGCACCAUGAUGAUAAAUUACUGCUGAAUGUGAUGUUAAGUACUGUGUUGCUUGCAGUUCCUUUCUUCAAGGUGGUUUUGUGCCUCUGAAAGGAACAGCCCAGAAUGCUUUGUGUUUUAAUUUCUGACCAUGUAAAAAUCCUUUGGAAAUGUGAAUGGCACAGUGCAUAAUUUGCUGCACAUGAAGUUUAAAGCAAUUUUUUCCUGGUACCAGGGCAAUCUCUAAAGUGGAAUUCAUCGCAUUUAAUUAUGGUACUUGUAGAAUAAUGAUGCUGAAAUUUGAUAGUUAACCUGCAUUUAUUUAGUUGGUGAUCCCUUUCUCUUUUUCUUUUGCUGAGUGCUUUGGUUUACUACAGUGUCUCUGAGCAGUGCUUCAGCAAAAGUACAGGGAGGUGUGUUAAGCCUGAUUUAUUCGCACAGGUUGUAUAAACAGCUGUGUAAAAACAUACAAACAGCCUCAGUGAGAUCAAUACAACACUCAUCAUAAACUGUAUUGCAGUUAGGCCUUUUCCCAUCUACCUGUCUGUCUGCUGAAAUUAGUAUUGUCAGGAGAAUUCUGUUCUGUUCAAGCUUGUUUUCAUUAUUCUGUUCCUAACCAAGUGAAAGCCUUGGCUGCAGGGGGUCUGUGGGAGGCUUUCCAGUGAUGGAUCAGGAGGCACUGUUUGUGUCUGCACUGGCUGUGAACAUACCAAAAUAUUUUCCUGUUUCAUUUUCAGCAAUUAUGCUGCAGACUCUCCCAAAGUGUGUGUGUAAAUACGGUCUGCCAGUUCUGUAGUGUAUUUGCAAAUACAAAUGUAUUUUUAAAUGUGGUAGACCAGAGCUAUUAAAAUAGCUGAGGUAAACAUUACUCAAGUAAAAUUAAAUUACCACGUCCUUUCUGCUGUUUUAAAACCAGCCCAGCCAGACUAGUCCAGUGGCUUUCUUGGAAAAUGGAACAGAUUCUAGUGGGGGAAAAAAAAAGUAGUUUUCAGAUGUUACCUUUUUAUAAUACAGAAAUUCCCUCUGUAGAGCACAUUUGUUGCCAAUUUAAUCUUGCCUUUCAUUUCUUGAGGUAUUUCUCUUGAACUCAGCCUCUGCAGGCAAUGAAAUUUAUAUCUUGGUGCCACUAGUAGCUGUCAUAAAAUUAUUCAUCUCUAAUUCUAGGCAAUGUAAUUGGUUCACUUCUUACUGCUGAGUUUGCUUCCUUCAGCAAAUGAAACUGUUUGGAAACUGGUACUUUCUCAGUGCUUUAUAGCUUAUACAAGCCAUGGCAUUUAUAUUUAAUAGUGUCUGGCACUUUAAAGAACUGAUUCUUGUUUUAAAAUUGCAUAUUAGUUUCCUAAAUGUUAACAGGGUAGGCUGUAACCUCUUAUGCCAAGUAUCUGCUUUAAACCUUUUUAAUUUCAGCAAAAUAUUUAGUGGCUUCAGAGGGAGGGUAGUUCAUGAUGUCAGAAGACAGAACCGUGGUCUUGUAGCUCCUUAAAUUCCUGUGACUUCUGGAAUGAAAUGUUGGGACUUGGUGAGAGGUCCACAUUGUCAGGAGUCUUUUUGUGAUUUCUGUGAAGCAGCUUUUCAGAAGAGCACAGCUUGAGAGGUGAACUCUCUGCAGAAUCUGCUGGGAGCAGGAAUCCCGCCCUGGCAGGCAGAAUUGCCAGGGUUUGACUUUGUCAGUGGGAAGUGCUCUUUGUGCCUGGCAGGGGCAGGCUUGGGAUGGGGAGUGCCCUUUGAUUGGGAGCUCAGGCUGGGAGCAGAGCAAGGUGAUAUUUCCCUUUGCACUGCUGCCACUCUGUGCUUGAGGAGGUUCUGUGGACUCAGUGGGAGGCUGGCUGGGAAAGGUACAUGGCAGAAAGAUGAAGGGAUGGGUUUAAAGUAUAUAAAAUCAGAUUAAAGAAAUCCUCUCAGCAUAAAUUUGAAUUUGGGAGAGUGAUAAGACAAGCAUGUGCUCUCUUCCUUACUCUUUUUUAGGCAUCUACCUAUGUAAAAAGGUUACUGUGCUGGAAGGAUUGUUGGCUGGAAAUAUUGCAGCUACUCUUGUAGCUGGAAACCCAAGUGAAGGAAUUGUUGUGUGAUUCCCUGCAGUGGUUUCUCAUUACUUACAAGCUAUACUAGAGCUGUGUGCUAGUAGCUGGGGGCAAAGUAGAGUUCCUUGCUGAUGUUCUCAAAACUGUCUUGCUGAGCAAAGCUAGUGAGAAGUUGAAGCAGAAAGCUGCCAGAAUUCAGGGAAUUGGGAAGCUCAGACUUUGCUGUUGUGGGCUAAGUGGAAACCAUAAAUGAAGAGAGAAUGGGAAAUCUCCACAUGUCUUGCUGGUAACAGAUUCAUUCUCUUCAUGCUCUCUAUGGGGUGGAAUGAGAGUACAGCAUAAAUCAGAGAAUUGUUAAGGCUGGAAAAGACCUCUGAGAUUGAGUCCAGCUCUUAAACUAACCCUGCCAUGCUCAUCACUAUCCCAUGUCCCAUAAUCACAUUUUUUUGAACGCUUCCAGGGACUGUGGUGAUUCCACCACUUUCCUGGACAGCCUGUUCCAGUUUCUUGAAGUGGGCAGCCAGUUGUGGUUCCAGUGUGAUCACCCUCUCAGUGAAGUUCACAUGAUACAUGUUGUUCAGUGGAGUGUAGGAUCACACAGUCAUAGGCUAGAAAUCAAAUAUAAAAUGUGUAAGGCUGCAGAGCACUUGCUCACCUCUGAACUCUUGAGUAGGUGAUGCCACAAUGCCUUUCUGUGCUCCUUUAUAUUCUUGGAUGGAUCCCUUCUAUCACCUCUGCAGGCUCUUUUGUGCUGAAGACAACAGGUGAAGUGCUACCAGCCUGUAUAUCACAAAUCACUGUUCAAACUAACAUUAAUCAUAUUUCCUUAUACUCUUAAAUAGGUCUAACUGUCUUGUUUGUAUUUUGAAAUUGUUGAUGAAACCUGUGUACAAAGCAAGCGUCAAGCCUUCCUUUAAGGGACCUCAUGCAUCAAGCUCUGUCAGAUUAUUGUUAAUAUUGUUCUUUGAGUAGGAAGUGGGGACUAUAUUUUAUCUGUUCAGAUAUUGUUGAUGAGAUGGUCAUUAGAGAAGUCUUUGGCAUGAAAAAUUGUUUUGGAUUUAUAGUGCAGCCUGCUGCCUAAAAGGAGACAUCUUUAUCUUGCCAGUGCCUUUGGCUUGACAUGUGCUCACAGUAGAAUUUUUCAAGUCACAAAGUCAGUCUUUAAAGACAAGGGGAAUUUUUUUAUAUACUGGAAUCCUUCAGACUUGAGUCCAUUUCCACAUGCUGCACCUCUGAAGUGUCAAGACUUAUUGAGAUUUAACAUUUAGGAUUGGAAAAGAAUGUCUGAGCUAAUGAGAAGGGGAUUUUUUUUUUCCUUUUAUUUCUGCACCUGUUUAGGUAUAAUAGAGAAGUAAAUGGACUGCUUUCCAUCCCAGUUAGUCUGUCUAUUUGAUGCUUGUGUGAGGCCCUCCAGAUUAAUUAGCAGGUUUAGUAAAUGAUACAGGAAAGACUAAUCACAUUCUGCAUGUGUUAACUUGAGUGUGCCAAGACUUUGCUUUCACCCUCCUGAGUCUACAAUGCCUGAAGUGCUUCAAAUCCUGAUGGCUUUGCUUAUAAGAUGUGCAAUUUAUCUGUUAAAAUGAGGGUUAUUGCACAGAUUCUGUAUCACCUGCACUGACUGACUGCUUUGUGCUCACUGUAAUGGGAUAUGCAGAGUAAAUAACCUCUCUGGUUAUUAACACCUUCUCCCUCUAUAUAUAUAUGAAUAAUACAUCUAUAGAUAUUUACAAAUGUAGAGAUGUAUUCUGAAAGUCCUCUGUAAUUUUCAACAAUGUCUUGUUUUUUCUGAUGAAAUCUAAUUUUUUCCUGAUUAACAAGACCACAAAAACCUCCUUAGAGAAGAGUUUUGUCUGAAGAUCUGUGCAGCUUUUCUCCUUUCUGUCUUUAGCUUGUGUAUCAACAUUUACAUCUCAAAAUGUUGAUUUAGGCAAAACAGCCCUUAAAAAUUGCCUUUUAGUCAGAAGACUUCUCUGCUCCAUAUAAACUUAAUGAAACAUCUGUGUUUUUUUUCCUCCACUUGUAGAAAGAUCAUUUAAUUAAAAAUUGAUGGUGCUAAUUGACAAAUGUGAUGAUUCCUUUAAACUGUUAAAUAUACUGCUAUUAAAAUCAGUCAUUUCUAAGUACAAGUUAAUGGCUAGUUUAUUAGAACUACUAAUUGCCUAGUUUUUCAGCAGAUGGAAUGAAUUUAAUUAUGGUCAUAAGGACUGGAUUGUUUAAAAAUAAAUUGCAGGUAUUAUGCAAAAUAAGUUUUUUUGGUUUUCAGUAGGGCACACAGUGGGAGACAGUUUAGAGAACGAGUAAAAAGUAAGGAAUGUUUUCCUAUUGCCUCUUGGAAGAUUCAGGUUUGAAAGUUAGUGUUAAACUGCUUGUGUCUUUUCUGACUUAGCUGUGAUGUUCCCUAAGCCUUAUCAAGAGUAGAAUUAAUUGUGGGUGAUUGUGUGUCUCUUCAGCAUCUAAUUAGAACAUCCUAAUUAAAAGCUGUUUUGUGAA